UGUAUGACUUAAUCUCAAAAUCAGAAUGAAAAUCAGAGCUCUCAAAAAUACUACGAAAUUAAUAUUUAAUGAACGUGGGAGCUGAGAUUUUAACUGUUGAUUAUGAAUAUGAAACUUUGUUGACUCAGACUUGAAGCUGUCACUGGCUGCCGACCACUUCCAGGAAGUGGUACACUGAGGAACUGCUCGAGACACUUCAUGAGAAAAUUUGACAUUUAGCCGAUGUAUUAAACUCAUUGUAAGUAUAUAUAUUUUUUUUCCAUAGAGAGCGAGUGACGUUUGUCAUCGUCGAUUCUACUGUCUCAGCGCGUCAGGAUUUCCAUCAUGGAUGAAUCGCGUGAAAUAUGAAAGUGAAACAUUUAAAUGAACUUCUCAUAGUUUGAAUGUGAGUUUUAAUUAUGCCAAUAUAAUAUUGUGAUGGCUUCCUCACCCGAGAGACUCCACCAUCCGGGACCAGGGGAGAAGCCAACUGUGAAGGCCCGGCUCCUGUCUUCACAGAUGCUUCUGGUGGAUGCCCUCUAUCACCUGAGUCCUCUGCUAGACUGUGUUAUAUCAGUAGGGCUGCUCUCUAGAGAAAACCGUUAUGAAAUUGACGCUGAGCGAACGCCACCCAACAAAGCCCGAAAACUUCUAGAGAUUGUCGACGCUCAGAUGGACGAAAGCAGUGCCUCUAGAUUCAUGGAGUGUCUGAAGAAAUGCAAGAAACAUUACCCGCGUCUACGAACCUGGUUGGCAGAAGAAGAUCAGUUCCAAUCAGCAAGUGUUCAGCAAGGUCCAACAGAACGUCAUCUACAGGCUCGGCUUAGUGUACUGUGUUCACGCCUGGGCUGUUCUGUUCUUCCAGUCUCCUACGAUCUCUUCUCUAGAGGCAUUCUGACUCAGUUGGAGCUGGAAAAUAUCGAAGCAAUACUCAUCCCAACCAAGCAAGCAAAAACCCUGCUGUCCAUCUGCCUGAAGAAAGGAGAAAAAGCAUGCAAGAGCUUUUACACAGCGCUACAAAAUGAGGACAAACAGCUAGCCGAGGAACUUAACGUGAAUAGUUUAGUGGAAGAACUUAAUAAAGAGCCUGAAAGCAACAGUGUGCAGAUGGCAGUGGAGGAAACCAGAGGUCACUUGAGGGCAGCUUUACCUCUGUCAGGAGGCCUGCAGCAGGUCAUGGCUCAGCUGGGCUUGACUGUGGGGGAUGAGAUUAGGUUUAAUGUCUGUGAGGUUGGUGUGGCGGUGGGUUUGCCACGUCGGACGGUCAGAGAAUACCUUCUCGAAGGGGUCGCAAUAGAAGACUCAGCCCAGCUGGAGGCUCUAGUGUCCCUGUAUAUGGAGAAGACGAAGGACGCAGACAGACUACUGAGCAGAGUGGCAGAACUCAGCCCUCAGUGGGUCCAGCUCUCUGAGAGAGGGUGUCUGCUGUUGAGGUUGCUGCAAAAGGCUGAGACUCUCCUCCGCAGUGGGAUCCACAGUCACCUGCACAGCUGGGACCACCUGCACGAUCAGGACCACUUACGCAGCUGGGACCAUCUGUGUCCUGGUGACUGCACGGAUCAGCGCACAGUGUGGUCCAUCUUCAGUUUUCUGGUGUGGGACUGUAUGGCAGAGGUUCUGGAGGAGCCAGAGGCGAAGCCUAGUGGAGGCAUACUAGGUAUGAUCGAGCAGCUGAGCGCCAGCGGCAGAGUGGAGGCGGCUUUGCUGCAGGAAGUGGAGCAGUGCUGGACUGAAGGAGAUGCUGAGAGUCUGCUGCAGAGUGUGAGAGUCCUCGCUCAGGUGCUACGAGACCUGCAUCCCCUUCAGGAAGGCCUCCAGCUGUCCUCUUCAGUUGAGGGGUUGUUUUCCUGCAGGCCCAGCAGGCUACACCGGGUCACUUCCUUCCAGGGCGUCUCUGCACGGGUCAUCCGUAAAGCUCUGAGCAGCAUGGUUCCAUCCUCCUCGGACCAGGAUGCAACCCCUCUGGCUAGACAGUAUGUGGAGGCUUGUAUUCGUAUCGCACAUCUCCUAGACGUGGUGCAGGCCACUCGAACCACCACUGAUUUUUCAAACGCGCCCAUUGCUACAGUCACUCAACAUGUGCAGUUUGUCUUGUCAAAUCCUGCGUUUAACUCCGAAGCCUUUGACGCUGGAGUCCGACAUCGCUUGCUUUCUGUGUUGGAGUUCAAUCCUGCGCAGCUGGGCCUGGGCUCUCUCAUGCAGCUGCACCAGGAGACCCUAUCUGAAUUGCAGAGCUACUUACAACUCGGCGAGCACCACAACUUCCAGUUCAUUCUGGAAUCGGUACGGAUAAUUGGCCCCGCGAAGCUGUUUUCCGUCAACAGGGUUCACGGGCCUGUCGCCAUCGAUAAUGGGAUGGAAGAGGUCCUGCGUUUUAUCACAUCAGAACCCACUUCUUUUCUGGUACGGCUGCAUUGUCUUUGCUAUGAAGAGGAGAGGGGACGCUUUAAGGUGUGCGCGCCACGCUGCGCAUGCAUGUAUCUGCUCAAGGCAGAGGGGCUGCGCGACAUGCAGUGGUGCAGUGGCAACAUUCUGGCCGAGGUAGGUGGGAAAGUAUGGGUCAGAGAGGGAGAAAGUGGCAGCUGGGAUGAGCUACAGGCCCUGGCUCAGAGACACUCGGCUCAGCUCAGGGAUGAAGGCUGCUGCUUUAAAGUCAAGACAGCCGGUUUGGAGUGCGAGGUCAAAUUUAUAUAUAGGAGUGGAAGGCUGUGGGCUAUGCCACAUAGGGACUGUGAAGUAGAUUAAAAAUAUAGGUAGUUGACAUGUUUGACAUGCUGUACUUCAUUAAAAGUAUUUGAAAGAAUAUUUUUCAACAUUUAUAGAUUAAUUUUAUGACCUUGUAUUAAAGAUUACAUGGAGUAUACUUUUAAAAAUGAAUUUGUAGCUAUUUAACUACAAAAACAUGAAAAGCAAUUAAAAACUGUGAAAAACACUUUCUAUCUUACAUAGGGUUGCAAAAUUCCGGGAAUUUUCAAAACUGUAAACUUUCCAUGGGAAUUAAUGGGAAUAAACAGGGAAUUUGCAAAAUUGCAGGUUAGCCUAUAACAGGGUACUUAAAUGUAGUUGACAAAAACAUCUCACAGCAUAAUUUUGGUUAAAACAACCAUAUUUAAUGCAGUUUUAGUUGAAUUUUUACCCUGCACAUUCCUCAAUCACAUUCACACAGCACACUACUUAAUGCAGUGCUAUCGAGGCCACACCCCCUGCAUGCACUGUGCAUUCCCCCAGUCCGUAACAUGCACUUUUGAUCAAAAAUACAGAAAAAAACAGUAAUAUUGUGAAAUAUAACUACAAUUUACAAUUACAAUUUUUGGUUUUCGAUUUUGAUAUACAUAAAAAUGUAAUUUAUUUCUGUGAUGCAAAGCCGAAUUUGCAGCAUCAUUUCUCCAGUCUUCAGUGUCACAUGAUCCUUCAGCAAUCAUUCUAACAUGCUAAUUUGAUACUCAAUUAUCAAUGUUGGAAACAGUUGUGCUGCUUAAUAUUUUUUAUAACCUGAUACUUUUUUCAGGAUUCUUUGAUAGAUAAAAAUUUAAAGAACAGCAUUUAUUUAAAAUAGAAAUCUUUUGUAACAAUAUACACUACCGUUUAAUAUUUUGGGGUAAGUAAUUGUUUUCUUUCUUUUUUGAAAGAAAUUAACACUUAUUCACAUGCUGAUUGCUGAAUAAUUUACACUUAUUCAGCAAGGAUGUGUGAAAUUGAUAAAAAAGUGAUAUUGUUAGAAAAGAUUUCUAUUUGGAAUAAAUUCUGUUCUUUUUAACUUUUUAUUAAUUAGUGAAUCCUGAAAAUAGUAUCACAGGUUCCAAAAAAAUAUUCAGCAGCACAACUGUUUCCAACUUUGAUAAUAACUGAGUAUCAAAUCAGCAUAUUAGAAUGAUUGCUGAAGGAUCAUAUGACACGGAGAUAAAUAACACAUAACAAUUGCUGCAAUAAAAAUAUAUUUAUUUUACAUAUUGACUAAAUUAGAAUUAAUUGAAUGCAAAAACUGUUAAUUCGUGUUAUGACCAAACAAAAUGUUUAUAUUUGUUUUAUAUGAUACAUUUUAUAUAAAUAUUAUAAAUUUAUAUAAAUUUCCCAAAAUGUCCAAUUAAUUCCCAUAAAUUCCUGUUAAAUUUCCAAAUUGGAAUUCCAAAAUUCCCCAGGUUAAGUUCCCGUGGAAAGUUUCCGGAAAUGUACCGCCCCUUUGCAACCCUAAUCUUACAUACAGUAUAGAAAGAAUAGGUAUAUGCCAUAUACAUUUUGAACUAAAAUCUGAAAAAUCGUACCGUUUAAAGCAUAUCAAGGUAUUACUAACUGCAUAUAAAAUCAACUCUUCCAAUUGUUAGGUGGUUUAUAUGGUGCUAUGCUACUGAUAAACAAUCAAUAAUCAGCUUAGAAUCAUUUUGUUUCCAUACCAGUGUUGUUUGAACAUUUAAUGAAAUUAUGAAAUGUCAAUUUCUACCAUUUUUGUUUUUUGACUGCUUUGCCUUUUUAUUGUUCUCAAAAUCAGAAAAUAAUGAUUAUAAAAAUGUGAAAUACAAACCCAACACAAUAAAGCAUUUAAUUACCUAAAA